AUUUGGCGUAAAUUUGUAAAGAGACUACGUUACAAUGUCGGAAUGGAUGAAUGCAGGCGGGCCCAAAUGACUUUGCUCAUGAUACUAUUGUAAACGCAUGUUCGGUGUACACAAAGUUAAAAAAAACACUCGACAGCAUGUGUAGCUGGCUGACUGAAAAAACUCUCAAUUUUGUAAAGUAUUAGUAAGUUGAUGGAAGAAGCGGGCUCGAGGUCUAUUUCUCACUGUCGGAUUGUUUGUCUCCUCAGGUUGGGUCGCUGAGCCAUGUGGGCUACCGUCGUGAGGCGGGUGUUGAUGUUGUUGUGACAGCGGCGCCUUGGAACGGCAGUUUGAGAGAGCCAUGGCCGAGCGGGGUGGUGCGGCCGCUGCAAAGGAGACUAGAUUAUCAGCUGACGUCGAGCCAUUUGUGCCAAAACAGCAAGCAAUUGGACCAAAAUGGUCUGAAUCAUCAGCUACGUUGCCAAGAUACCUAACGACCUGCUAUCCUUUUGUUCAAGAUCCUUAUGUGGAUAGGCAGCAUUUGAAGACACCAGAGAAUGGCUGCAAUAAACAGUCUCAGAAUUUUUCAGAGUUGCAUACAUCCUAUCCAGUUAUGUCAUCUCACUUGCCUAUGGACUAUUCCUUCUGCUAUUCGUAUAAACAGACAUCUGAUUCUUCAUUGAAUCUAUAUGCACGAACACCAUCACGCUAUGAUGACAUUUGCUUUUCAAAGCACAGGAUUGGUAGCAGAAGUAACAAGAAAAAACAACCUGGCCAGCAGGAAUUUGAGAAGGAGAAAGCAUUUUUGAACCAGACAACUAAGGAAACAAGGUCCAGAAAAGAUUUUAAAAAACAGAGGCAAAAUGUAAAUGAAGUACCUGAGAUUGCAACAGGUGAACAAUUGCAACAGCCUGAUGUAUUAAGGAAUAAUGCAACCAAAUAUCAAGUCAAGCAGUCUAACAGAUGCCACCACAGCAAAUCAAACUCCAUUCUGAAAAUUCAAAAUGAAUCUGAGUCUAAGACUGAUACCACACCUGAAGUUGCACUGAGUGAUUUCCCUGAAUUACAAAGCCCAGUAUCACAACAAUCUAACAGUGUCCUCGGAAAUGCCAGGGUAUCCAGUGAAGGCUCCGAACAGUCUGCCAAAAUAUGGCCAUCGGAUGAUGCAACAGAUGUGGGUCAGAGACUGGGGACAUCCCAGCUAUCUGGAUUUCCAACUGCUUCAGAGAAAUGUUCUGUCUCUGACUCCUCUACUGUCUCAGCAAGUACAGUAGCACCACCUACGUCAUCUUUAUCUACUGCCCCUCCAUCUGUCAUGUCGUGGGCCAGAAUUGUUUCACAGGCACCUAAGAAACCUGUUCUCUGUUCAGCUCCACCAAAGAUAUCUGCACAUAAUGUUUCUCAGAGCAAUGAUGGUGAAACAAAACUGAAAGAGACAGUUGGGAAACUGAAAAAGAAGAAAAAGAAACAAAAACCAAAGGAACCCAAUACUGCUCCAAAACCUAAUGAGUCCCAGAUAACUGUGCAAGAGCUACCUCGAUUUGAGGAUGAUGAAGAAUUUCCAGAUUUGACAUCUGCAGUAAGCAAUCCUGACAAAGCCAACAGUGCUGGACAAGACAAGUUCAUUUCCUACAAACAGUCAUCAACAAAUGGAGAAUUGGUUUUAAAUGUGGCCAGCUCCCUCGCUAUUGGUGGUGAACUGAUGUCUUUGGACCAAAACCAGAAACCAGUCCAAGUGGAAGCUCCAAAGAAAGGUGGUAAAAAGAGUAAGGUACCCAUGCAGCUAAAUUUUGGUAACAUGCUGGCUGUCCUAGAACAAAAGCAGCAGGAGAAGAAGUCUAAACACACCCCUAAGCCAAUUGUAUUUGCAGUUGGAGGGACAUUUCCAUUGGUUCCCAAAGAACCCACAACAUCAAAAAGACAGCCCCAAGGCUCAAGUCAGGAAAAGGUUCCACAUAAUCCCUUGGACUCAAGUGCUCCUUUGGUAAAGCGAGGAAAACAGAGGGAAGUUCCAAAGGCCAAAAAACCAACAUCGCUUAAAAAGAUUAUAUUGAAGGAAAGAGAAGAAAGGAAACAGCGACGCUUGCUGGAGGAAAAGGGACUGAUCCCAUCAGGUUGCAACGUAUUUGCUCAAGAGGCUCAAGCAGUUGUUUCAGAUCAGAAUGAGAAUCUGGACACAAAAAACAGAACAGCUGAAUUAGAUGAUUCAACAGAUUUGGCUGUUUUUGCACCAUCUUCAUCCAAUCAAAAUUUAGAAUCUCUUUCUGAAACACCAAAAUAUCCUGAAGGAACUUUGAUGGAAAACAUUUUGAUGAAUUCCAGACAUCCAAAGAUACAUAGCAGACGGUUUAGAGAAUAUUGCAGCCAAGUGCUCAGUAAAGAAGUUGAUAGCUAUGUGACUGACCUGCUGAAAGAACUUGUCCGUUUCCAAGAUCGUUUGUACCAAAAGGAUCCAAUUAAAGCUAAGAAAAAACGUAGGAUUGUAAUGGGGCUGAGAGAAGUGUUAAAACAUCUAAAGCUGAAAAAGCUGAAAUGUGUUAUAAUUUCUCCCAACUGUGAAAGAAUACAAUCAAAAGGUGGCUUAGAUGAGACAUUGCAUACAAUAAUUGAAGUUGCCCGUGAACAAGAAAUUCCAUUUGUCUUUGCUCUUAAUCGUAAAGCUCUAGGGCGCUGUGUAAACAAAGCAGUUCCUGUUAGUGUGGUUGGAAUCUUCAGCUAUGAUGGUGCUGAGAGUCAAUUUCAUCAAAUGGUUGAACUCACUGAAGAAGCAAGGAAAGCAUAUCAGGAAAUGCUUAAUGCCCUAGAGCAAGAAUGUAAGGCGGUUGAAGAAUGUUCAGAGGAGCCAUUGUGCGAUUUGACAGAGGAAAGCGCAACUACGUUGGAUAACAUGACCUCUCAGUCAUUUUUGGAAACCAGGGAACCAGAAUAUGUUACUACAUGGAGAAACUUGCUGAAGAGACAGUGUAACUCCAACCCAUCAGACACUGAAAAAGCAAGAACUUCAGAGGCCCUACAUUGUGACUCAGAAGAAGAAUCUGAUGCUACCUGAUCGGCUAAGUUUCUCCAGAACUUUGUUUAUAUUUCAUUUCUCCAGCAUCCAUGGAAUUGAUUGAAGAUGAGGAAUGCAAACUUUAUUCAUUACUUGACAGAUGUCAUUGAAUCAUUCCUACAUUCAUUACUGGUAAUGAUAUUUAAAAUAGUAACUUCAGUAAACACUGAACCUAGACUAACUCUGAAUCUUUUUCAAUUAUUGUAAAAGUUUUCUGUGAGAAAUCUAUUCAGUUUCCAGGUUAGUGUGGGGUAUGUGGUGUUGUUAAACAUUGCUAUUUAUUUGAAGACCUAUAAUGAUCUGGUUUGUCCUGGGGCUGUUUUCUCAUUAAGGUACCGUCUUCUCUUUUCAGCUGACAAGCUAUUUCAUUUUGUACUGAGGACUUUUAAUUUGUACACUGAGCAGAUCUCAAAUUGUGGUAGUUUAUCCAAGCAGAAUUAGUUGUGAUCUAAAACAACAGAUCACCUAUGUGCCAAAGAAAAUCUCAGCAAGACUGGAACGAAGGUUGGGAUGCGCGGUUGAAGCAGCUGCUCAGAAUAACACUUCCCAGAGAUGGGGAAAUUGCCAGACCCAUUUGUUGGAGGUUUCAUUCUAAACAGGCUGCCAUGAUGACUUGGGACAAAACCUGGCCAAAUUUCUGCCCCUUCUCUGUAUUUCCAGGCGACAAAAAUCUCAAAUCUCAAUUACUGUGCUACAUUUUGUGUCUGAGCAAUAACAACUACUGUGUCCAGGUCGGUGCUAAUCUGUGCUGAGUUAGCUGAUGUAACAUCCAAAGGCGUUAACAUCCAUUGGUUAGGUAGGGGAAAGAUCAACAAAAGUUUCUGCUGCUGCUCCUUCUUAAUCCUUUCAUAGGAUGUGGGGAUUGUUAGUUACGUCACCAUUUCUUGCCAUUGCUAAUUGCCAUUGAAGUGAGUGGCUUUCAAGAUCAUUUCAGAGAACAGAUAAAAGUCAACCACAUUAGUAUGUGGGUGUGGAGUCACAUGAUAGCAGAUCUCCUUCCUUAAAAUGAUAUCAGUGAACCAGAUGGGUCUUUACAAAAAUUGAAAUGGUUUCACACUCACCACUACUAUGACUAGCUUUGUUAUUGGAAUUUGAGUUGUAAUAGUUGCCUGGUAGGAUUUGAACCCAUGUUCCCCCAAACAUUAGCUCAGACCUCUGGAAUACCAGUCCAAGGAUGUUAUCACAAUGCCAUCGCCUACCCGUUAUUUGAUGACCCCAACCAGCUGUGGAAGGAUGUAGAUAGUAAAUAAACCAGAGGUGGCAUGGUGUGAUUCACUUCUCUAUUGUAUAGUUUGCCUAUGCUCAACAUCUUUUAAAUAAUUGCCAAUUAAUGAAUUACUGGAGGUCAUUCAUCUGUAACGUAGUGAGGCACUCCAGGUCUUCAGUAGAGAUGGAGAAGAGGUGGAAAAAAAGUAAAAGACAAAAAUAAAUUGAAAUUGUACAAGUCCUACUUUCCUUACUUUCAACAAGGAAUAAAAAUUUUCACAUCAUUGUUUUUAAGCUAACAGUCUGAUAAGCAUGCUGUUUUCAUGUUUGGGCUUCCAUCAAUUUUUGCAUUUUUCCAUAACCUAUGAUGGACUUAAGGUAGACCAAAUAUUCAGUCAUGAAAGCAGUGGUUAACUGUCACUCGACGUAUUUACUACAGUUUAACAUAGGCCCAGAAUUUCUAAUCAGGGUCACAAACGCUAUCUCGAACCAUGAUCAUAUGAAAAAAAACGUACCUUUGGAGGAGCACUCCAUGUGAAUUUCUGGGGUCAAAAGCUUUCCAUAGUCCGGGGAAGGAAACAAUGCAAGCAACAGUGAAGUGAAUUAGCGUUGAUAUCCCACCCCAUUUUUCACUAUCAGCUGCAGUAUUACUAGAUUUAUAAGUCUUGAAGCCAUUUGACAGCAGCUGAGAGAAAAUAAGUGUGUGAGGUAAGUGAAGAUGUAAAGUGGCAUGUGGAUGAGGGGUACAACUAGUAGAGGGGUAGUCGGGUGCUUGUGUGGAGGGGUUAGGAUGAUAAGUACAUGCGUGCAUGCUUUGCAUAGGUUGGGUAGGGGGAACAAAUUGGUUUGGGCUGGUUUAAUCAAUAGGGUGUGGGGAAUGGGAUAGGGUCUUUGGGUCUAAUGUCAAAAUGCGCGAGUGGUAUGAUGUCAAGUGUCAUGGGGUUUCCAGGUGGUAGGAGUGCACAAGGUUGAGAUUGUUGGUUGGAAAAAGUUAAUUAUUCAAGUUACAGCAGGCUUUAAUCCAAACUUUGAGCCAAAUCAAUUGGAAUCCUUUGAAGUCUCUGACUCUGACUUGGAGCUGGUGACUUUAUAUAGAGACUUCUGGAUAUUAUUUAAUUACCCAUUGGAAGUUUUGACUUCCAGAACAAUUCCCAGCUGCUUUGGGAAUUGCGCAUGGGCCUGCCUACAACUUUUGUUUACUGAUGCAGAAGAUUUGGGUCACAGUAUUUAAUAAUUCUUUAGUUUUAUUGAUGUUUGGAUUGAUAUUUGACAACAUAAAUGUGCUGGCUUAUAAAGCUAGCUCAAUUAUGCUGAGGAUGGAUUCAUGAAAUGACAAUGUACAGAAAGGCCUCAAGUACUGGUGCAUUCCCAUGGGCAGUUCAGUCUGCUUUGUGGGAAGCAAAGGCUAAUUUAUUUGUCUUUCUGCAGAAAUAUCACACCGAAUAGUGUUUUCAUUUUGUUUUGUUUUGUUUAUUACUGUUCCCUUUUCCUUCCUUUGCCUGUAAUCUGCAAUGAACUGCCUGGUAAAUAACUGCACAGAGGAUGAGCUGAAAAAGCGUUCCAAAAUAGUUUCUGCAUAUCACUUGUGCCUAAACAUUUUUUUAAAAAUUGGUUCAGGUCCAGGACCUACGAUUGUUAAAUGGGGUUUGGUAAUUUUCCAAGUUCGUAAAAUGGGUGUCCACUUAUGAAAAAGUUCUUUUUUGCAAUCAAUAUUUUGUAAGUUUCAAAUAGGUGGAACUGUAAUUAACGUUUGAUUUUUGUUCUAAAAAGUAAACCAGGAAGUUCCUUUUAAAAAUCAAAAUUUUUGUUUAGCAAUAUUAUGGAGAACACCAUUCUUCUUGCUUUUUUUUAAGAAAGCUGCAAUGCAGCAUGAGGUAAUUGUUGAUAAUAGGCACUGCCUGCUGAUCUAGAACUCCAUUUACUUGAUUUACAAAGGCAAUAAACACUGUUUCAAUUUUGUAAAACUGUGAAUUUUACUUUAAGGAUCAGUUUUGUUAUAAGAAGUUUAAUGUAGAAUGUAUUCUGAACUGCCUUUUUCAUAAGAUGGAUAGCUGCUGAAACACUUACAUUUGAAAAUGUCGUUUAGUUGUAAUACUUAAUGAAGUUCAAUGUAAAUGAAAGUAUAAUUUAUAGAUUAAAAAUUAAGUAAAUAUGA